AUGCAGCACGACGAAGUUAUCUGGGGCGUCAUCUCCAACCAGUUCUGCUCGUUCAAGAGCAAGCUGCGCGAAGGCGCCAUGUUCUGCCGCAACGAGUACAACGUCACGGGCCUCUGCAAUCGGCAAUCGUGCCCGCUGGCCAACUCGCGCUACGCCACGAUCCGCGAACACAACGGCGUGUGCUACCUGUACAUGAAGACGAUCGAGCGCGCGCAUUCGCCCAAGAACCUCUGGGAAAAGGUCAAGCUCUCCAAGAACUACACCAAGUCGCUGGAGCAGAUCGACGCUCAAAUGCAAUUCUGGCCCAAGAAGCUCAUCCAUCGCAACAAGCAGCGCUUGACCAAGAUCCACCAGUACCUCAUGCGCAUGCGCAAGCUCCGCCUCAAGACCAAGCCCAACCUUGUCGUCAUCAACAAGAAGAUCGAGCGCCGUGAAGCCCGCCGUGAAGAGAAGGCCAAGACCGCCGCCAAGCUCGACUCGUCGAUCGAGAAGGAGCUGCUGCAGCGUCUCCAGAAGGGCACGUACGGCGAUAUUUAUAACUUUCCCGAGCGCGAGUUUGCCAAGGUGCUCGACGACAACGAG